AAAAGAGAUCCAACUUACUCAGAAAAAUAAAGGGAAAAUGUUAAUCUGAAAGGAGUACAAGUCAAAAUCCCAAAAUUAUAAAACUACUUGAGAUGGUUGAUGUAACAUCCUACAGAAAUUGGUUCAUUCAGUUUAGCGUCAUCAUUUUAACAUCCGCCACAUGUGAAUAUUUCAAAUGUCAUUCAAUUAUUGAAACAGGCUUGGACAAUUUGUCCGAUUGAAACAAAAAAAUGUAUGAUAGUGUUAAAUGAUCGGAAAGAAUAACAAUAAGUAUUUAAUCUGUGUUUGGAUAAAGAGAUUAUAUAAGUUGUUAUAACCUGGUUAGUCAGAAGUGGUCAGUACUAUCUACACCAUGUUAAUCCCCCAGGCAAUAUAAGUAUUUGGAGGGGAAAUUGAUUGAGAUUGUUUACCAUCAAAUGGAAGAAUUUAUUUUGAAAUUAGUGUGUUCUUUGUGAAAUAAUUGUGAAAAUGAAACAGAAAUAUGAUGUUCGAAAACAUGGGAUUGCUUUGCACAAAGUGCCAUUGAAGAAAUCUUUAUCAAACAGUGCAGACAACAACAUAAACCAUCAUAAAAAGCAGCGACUUUAUAUGGACAAUACACACAGGGCCAUACCAAGAAAAAGAAACAGGAGAAACAACUCUGAUCGAUGUGUCAAUCAACUUGUUGGACUUUUACAUUGUUAUAAUGUUUUCCUUCUUAUACUUGGUGCAGGUGUUUUAGGACUAGGAAUAUGGAUGCUGGUCAAAGAUUACAGUACAAGGGAGAUAGCUGCCAUCGUAGAUUCUCGUCUGUUCGAGUAUGUGACGUAUGCGUUAGUGGCAGGUGGUGGCACUGUGGCUAUUCUUGCCUUCUGUGGUUGCUGUGGUACUAUGAGACAGGAUAAAUAUGUCCUUGGAUUUUAUGGAACAGUUUUAUUUAUGGUGCUAGGUGUGCUUGUUGGAGGCAGUGUUAUUGGUAUUAUUUUUAGAACAAAAAUAACCGAAGGAAUGAAGAAAAGAUUCGAGAACACUUUAGAAUAUAAUUAUAAUAUUGAUAUAAUAAAAAAUUCAGAAAACAGACUUUUAACAGACGCAUGGGAUGCAAUGCAACGAACGCUAGAAUGUUGUGGUCCGCAUGGUAAUAUUACAUCACGUUAUUCCUGGGCAUUUUACAAAGGAAGAACUGAUUGGUACAGAAAACGGCCUAGUCAAAAAAUGUUUCCUUUUGUACCAGAAAGUUGUUGUCAUCCAGGGUGGCCUUCCCACGACUGUCAGGGUAUAAAUAGUGAAUAUGAUGGUAUUCCUGUCAAGGGACCAGACCCAAGUGUCCAUGGUAAUCCGGCAUUAUAUACGAAUGGUUGCUAUGACAAAGCUAUUCAAUAUUUAGAAAAACAUAGUCUUUACAUUGCGAUAGUAGCAGGCGCAGUUCCAGUAUUUCUGAUAGCUGGUAUUGUUAUAUCGUUUUAUCUUUGUGCCAAUGUAAAUCCGGACGAUGAGGAUGACGACGAUGACGACGAUGGACAAGAGGCGGAAGUAUGAAGUUAUACUCAUGAAUAAACAACUUCCGUCCGAUUUCUUAAAAUCCUUCUCAAAGUGCCAUAUAUGGAGAUGCAUAUGAUAGACACGUGAGACAAAAUACCAAAGACGACGUUUCCGGUCGAAGCUACUCUAUUGAACUGUUAAGUCGAGGCUAGAAAUUGUUGGAAUAACCCAUACCACGUGACAAUCGAAGACAUUGAGCCCUUUCACUGUAUUGUUGCAUUUCAAUAGGGAUAUGCCUCAAUAAAUAUGUUUUAACGCGUUUCACGUUUGGCGCGAAUUUGCACCCACAUUUAAUAUAGGGCAUACAAAAAUGCUUGAUGACCACGUCACAGCGCUUUAUCCGUUUAUUUAGUCCCAUCUCUUUGCAGAAUAUUUUUGCAUUACUGCUAAUAUACACUGUGAAGAAUUGUUUAUUCAAAACAGAUGAAAUCUGUAAAUUGUAAUUAUCCUGUAUUUUCCCUUUUCUUUUAACUCAAUGUGACAGGUAGAGCAAGUGCAGGCCGUUUUUUUUCAUUUGAAAGAAAACGUCUCAGCAUCAAUUAGUAUAAUAUAAAACAUGUAAAUUGAUAAAGUAUAUUACAAUGUGUUAUCGUUUAUUAGUUAUCAAUAUAUUUCUUUCAAAAUUGUCAGUAUAUUUUAAAUUGCUUGUUCCUUUAUAUGAAGUUACUAUAUCAGCAAAAUUGCCAUUUUAGUCAAGUAAUGUAUUGCUUUGCUUUUAUGAUAUGGAUAUAUACAUGGUACCUCAUGAAAGGUUGUUAUUGUACAUGUAUUUGUGCAAUGUAUAGUUGGAAAGUGUGAAAAGAAUUUCGAUAUAACUUCAGUAAAUAGUUUGCUUGUAGAAUGCAUGAUUUAUGAGUUAUAGAUAUUUUUAGCAAAUACCCAAAAACAAUUCUUGCUUUCUCAAUGUAGUUCGAAGAUUUAUAUAUGAACACUCUGAGUAACAAGUUAUGCAGUUAUUGAAGAAGCAAACACAUUAUUAUGCCAAAUUUUCAUAUGUAAAUAAUUUCAUUUAUAUAAAUAUCACCAAAAAACAGUUAGUUAGAUGAAUCAAAACUUUUGCCCUAUUAAUUUUAUAGAAGCGUUUUGAAUUCCACAAUGUUUGGAAAAGGCUUUACUUUUUUUUUUAACUAUAUGAAAUCCUUUUUAACUAAUAAAUUAAUCCUUGUAUACUUAAAUAUUUAAGAGUGUACUAUUCAUUAUUAUUUCUAUCUAAUUUUAAUAUUAAUCAUCAUUUUUCAUUGCAUUAUUUUAGUAAGAAAUUCAUUUUUAAAUUGAGUUGUUGAUAUUUGCGAGUCAAAUACAAAUAUAACUGUAUAUUUUCCUUUGUUGUUAUAGAAAUUGAUCAUGUAAGAAGUGAAUAUUAUUGUUUUGAAGUGAAAUAUUGCAAAGCAGCAUUUUUAUUACAAUUCUGUGCAAUAAAAGGAGUGAUUGAAUGAAUGGUAGAAUGUAUUGAAUGAUUGAUGUUUAAAAGCGAUUUGUAAUUCCUAUGGUGAUUUGUCAUGUUAUGGUGUAUCUCACAUUAUGUUUUACUGCAUGUAAUUUUAAAUCAAUGUGCAAUGUUUAUAUCUGAUGGGACCAAUUGUCAUUUUAACACAUUUUAACAUUAUGUUACAAGAUUUUGGUUUUAAAUGUUUUAUCACAUCAUCAACAUUUUAUGUAGAAACUGGUUCCUAUUGAUUGUUUUGUUAUACUGUAAUACAGUAUUUUUUUUUAUUAUUUUACUAUUAUGUGUUUUUGUAAAUAAUUCUACAAGAAAUAUUAAAUAUUUUGUAUUA